UGCCUCGGAUCUUUCCGUCGUGUGGGUUGUGUGCUGUGGUUGCGUGUGUGCUUUUAUUUCACUGGCAUUGAGUUCGCGCUACGAUCAAAACACUUCGUUGCAUUCCGACCUGCGCCGCGCUGAUACGCGAUUCGUAAUAUCGCGGGUACGGGUCAGCCAACACGACACCGGCCUCUAUUGUCGGGUCCAGUUUUGUUUUUGUUAUUGCGCGCAGACUGGCGCGCUGCCAUCGGAGAGCGACCGCGCUGAGCCUGAGCGGUGACGGAGCCACAGAGCCGGUACUGAGCACGUGGGAUUUCCAGUUUCUUGCUGCAGUGUGCUUUUUUGGGGCGCGCGUUGUAGAUGUCGAGAGGAUUCGGAGACUGGACAGUGGCCCCAUAGGGAGGUCUAGCCUCGGCGAAGGCAAUGGCCCCGAUAGAACUGGAAAACAAAGCCGAUGAGGAACAGCGGCUAGUGAACGGCGGCGACCACAACAAAACGCUGCCUCGCGACUCACCGGAAAAGAUUCUCCCUGCGGACACCCUCAAGCCGCCGGAAAAACCUGCCGGCCCCAAAGAGAAGAAAACGUUUGAUCGUGGCUCAUGGAGUGAAGCCAGUGGUAGCUUUGACGAUGUGGGAAGUGCAAGCGACCUGCUGUCGGAAACCCAGACGCCAUGCAUGUCUCCCCGUCGCUUGCGUCGGGAGAGGCUAUGGUCCGGGUCUGCAAAGGACGACUCUCUGCUGCUUACCCGCCAGCGUACCAUCUACACAGCAGGACGACCUCCCUGGUACAACGUUCAGGGCCAACUCAUGGAGCCGUUUGUCAUUGGCAUCUGCGGUGGCAGUGCUUCGGGCAAGACGACGGUGGCCAAGAAGAUAAUCGAGGCGCUUAAUGUGCCUUGGGUCACAUUGCUCAGCAUGGAUUCAUUCUACAAGGUGCUGGAUGCAGAGCAGCACCGGCAAGCCGAUGAGAACCAGUUCAACUUUGACCACCCGGAUGCGUUUGACUUUGACCUGCUCAUCGAGACGCUCAAGAAACUCAAAGGGAAGCGCGUUGAGGUCCCAAUCUACAACUUUGUGACGCAUGCACGUGAGAAGCGCUUCAAGUUUAUGUAUGGUGCGAACGUCAUCAUCUUCGAGGGUAUCCUCUGCUUUACCAACAAGGAACUGCUCAAUAUGAUGGACAUGAAGAUUUUUAUAGACACGGACAGCGACAUCCGGCUCGCACGGCGGUUACAGCGUGACAUCACCGACCGGGGCCGCGACCUCGAGGGCUGUCUGGCGCAGUACGAGCGUUUUGUGAAGCCAGCCUUUGACCACUACAUAGCCCCGUCCAUGGUUCACGCUGAUCUCAUCGUGCCCAGAGGUGGCGAGAACCACAUUGCCAUCAACCUGAUCGUUCAGCAUGUCCACACACAACUAGUCUCGCGGGGCCUGAAGCUACGCUCCAAGAUGGCCGAAUCGCACACUGGCCAGCCUCUGCCGGCCUCGCUACACCUGUUGCCGCAGACGCCCCAGCUGCGUGGCAUCCACACCUUCAUCCGCAACCGGGCCACGCAGCGUGACGAGUUCAUCUUCUACUCGAAGCGACUCAUGCGCCUCCUGAUGGAGUACACGGUGGCCCAGCUGCCCUUCCAGGAUGUUGCCGUGGAGACUCCUCAGGGAAUCAGCUACAACGGAAAGCGCAGUGCAGCCGGCAAGAUCUGCGGCGUGUCCAUUCUUCGUGCGGGCGAGACCAUGGAGCAGGCUCUAUGCGACGUCCUCAAGGAUGUCCGGCUGGGAAAGAUUCUCAUCCAGACCAAUCAGAGCACGGGAGAGCCUGAACUCUACUAUCUACGCUUGCCCAAAGACAUAAAGGACUACACAAUCCUGCUGAUGGAUGCCACGGUGGCAACCGGUGCAGCAUCCAUCAUGGCUGUGCGGGUGCUGCUCGAUCAUGACGUGCCCGAAGAAAACAUCAUGCUCGUGUCUCUGCUCAUGGCCGAGUCUGGAGUCCACUCGGUGGCCUAUGCGUUUCCCAAGGUGCGCAUCAUCACCACGGCCGUUGACCCUGUGGUCACCGAGAAGUUCUACAUUGAGCCAGGCAUUGGCAAUUUUGGAGAUCGGUACUUUGGCACCGAAGCACUCGAGUACUUGUGACGAAAAGAACAGUCCACUGGUGGGACCGGCUAGCCUGUGCACUGCGCGAGAGGGCACAGUGCCACAUUCUGCCCCCUGGCACUCGCCAAGCAGUGAAACAGUGCUGCUCGAGGCUUGUAAUGUGUGACGAACGGUCUGUGAUGCUGACGUCGAAUCUCGCCUUCUCUGCGACAAAUCAUUGAUAAGAGGCAGCGCCUAGUUUUUCUUUCAUAUCUCGGAAAGAAUGACCCGUCGAUGCUUGCCUUAAUGUUGUUACGCGAAAGAAUCCAUUCAUUGAAGUUCUCAGGAUAUUGCGCUAGGAGCCAUAGUUUAAAGGGGUGCGUGUUGGUUCUUGGCCUAUGUUACAUGAGCUCGUGGUCAUUCUCCUUGAAUGAUUGGUUUUCCGUCACCGUGACUGAUUCUGGCUUUCGAGCUGUGUUAUUUUUUCAUGGUGAUUUGGGCAACAGUCAUGCAUUUGUUGGUUCUUUUUUGUAUGUUUCUUUUUCUAUAGAUAUGCUGCAAGGCUGUAAUCUUAUGAACUUCAUAUUUGCAUCAAAUUUUGUUCUAUACAGCAUUAGUUCCUUGCAGCCAAGCUGAUGGAGGUCUUUUUGGACUUUUAACUUUUCUUUGCCUUGUUCGAACCAUGGGAUAUAAUCAAUCUGCUCGACAGAGGCAACCUAACGUUUUUCGGCCUUCUGGGAAUUGGGAAGGUCCUGGCUUCUAUGUACUUAUAUCGUUCCUGAGCUCAGUGACACGUUUUUCACAGCGAAAGCCUGUGGAAAGGAAGACUGUCUGGUUUGACCAGGCUUGUGAAAGCCAAUUCAAUGCCAGAAGGAGUUUGUAAACACAGCCUGACAAUUUUUAAUCUAUAUACAGUCGAACCCCUCUAUAAUGAAACCGCCGAGGAAGGAAAUUUUUUCGUUCUCGUGAGAAUUUCGCUGUCGCGAAAAUGGACAAAUAAGCACACUUAUGUUACUUAACCAGAACCAAAAUUUUAUGAAACAGCCGCUUGUGCUGCUCUGCUUCACCUUGCUGUGCAGGAGCUUAACGACUUGGGCCUCGCAGCUUAAUAAGCUAUGCAUAGCUUCGUCAUCGUAGAUGCCGAGGAAAGUCCGGAUAACGUCGAAAGCAUCAAGCACAUUGAGCUUCCUAACCUUUCUUGUGCUUGGUUUUCGCCAUCCUCGUCGCCACUUUCCGCAUGUUCUUUGCGCACGCUGUCUAUAACAGCGUCGUCGCUGCACUCCUCGUGCGCGAUCAAGUCGGCGUCCGUACACAGAAAGUGGUCCAGUUCAACAGCGUCUGGCAGCGUUGUAUCCACACUGCGAGGCGUGUCCCAUGCAUUGGUUAGUGGCUGUAGAUCGUCACCGCAUGCAGAAAUGCUCGCUUCCGGCUCUGGCCAAGGCUGCCGAGGUGUGCUGACCAGCCGCAAAACUGGCGUGCCUGAAGCAGUUUUGUAUAAGGGUGGCCGAAAUAACAGUCAACGCCCUGGCUAGCAUCUGCAGCGCCAUGAAAAGAUCAAUUUCCAUGAGUCGCUUCAUUUUUAUGUUUAACAAUAUCCGCCGGAUCAAUCUCCCCCCGUACGCAGACUUGACACUCUUAAUAACCCCUUGGUCCAGAGGUUGGAUAACAGAUGUGCAAUUUGAGGGGGAAGAAAUGAAGUGGAUGCUCGUCAGGACAAUGUCUCGGUGUGGUUGGCAUUGCAACUAUCCCAAAGAAAAAGGCAGACGUAUCUGCUCUGCCUCCGCAUAUCCGCAUCAAAGGCCUCCAGCUAGUUGGAGAAUAUCGCGUGCUUCAUCCGAGCUUUAUGAUUAGCAGUGUAUUUGACCGGCAACCUUCGGUUACCGUUAAAGCACCGUGGCUUUUUACUGAGCCGUCCAUGUUUGAGCACAAAAGAAUGGUCAUCCGCUUUUUGCUCAGCUUGCUGCCAUGACAUUUUUGUCCCCUCAGGUCGAGCGUUUUCGACUGCAACAUUUCGUAGAAACAGGCAGUUUCGUCCGCAUUAUAGCUAUCGGAGGGCUCGUAUUGGUCCAGUAUGUUUUCUUAACUUUCCUGCAUCCAGGAUAAUGCUGCUUCAGCGUGGACACUCGCCAACUCCCCAAGACAACGCCUUGGUGACGAUGCAGUGCCAUGCUUUCAAUCGGCUUAGCCAUCCUGCUCUCGCCUUAAAGCUAUUGUGCCCCAGAAAGCACGCGAAGUCAAUAGCCUUCUGCUGCAGAAGGCUUCCAGACAAAGGCAGCUUGUUCGCUCUCUUGUCGAGGAACCACUGGAAUAGGGUUUUGUCAACGUCUUCGUAGACCGGCAGUGCCGGUCUGAAGUGCCACCGUGCUGCUGUUUUUUGGAUUUCAGAAUCGUAGCGGGCAGUCGGGCAGUUUGUGGGGCAGGGUCGGCGGACGGCGGUGCCGUCAUGUGAAAUGUUGCGUGCCUAUGUAGUGGGGGGGCAACAGAUGGGCUAGCAAAACGCUGUUUUCAGCGCACAAAAAAAAAAAAAAAUCUUGUUGACCAAAUGUAAACAGCAAUGUCCGUGCCGAUGCUUUUGGCGGGAACGUAUGUGCCCGACUUGCCGGAUGAGUAUGCUGCUGCAAUUUUCGUACGUCUAAGUUCCCAGCUGGCUCAUGUGCCAAAAAAAUGUUGCAGAUAGCUACCUCAAACUUCCGUUAAUGCGGGACUGCUUUUUAAAAAUUCUUCGCUGUUGAGAGGGGUCAAGUGCAUUGAGCUCUGUGGAUGUUCACUGGGGGCACCAGAUUUCCCUGUUGCCAUGAGAAUUUCGUACUUGAGGCCUUUUGUUAUUGAGGGGUUCAACGGUAUACGCGAAUGGUGCAGUUCUUCACUUGACAAGUCACAGUGCGAAAUAAUAUGAUGGACCAGAAAAGUGUUUCUUGUCGUAAUAUGCCAAAUGUCCAGUAUUUGCUAGCUACUGAACUGCACUGCCAUUCUUGAGCUUACUGACGUGGGCAAAGCAGAAUUGGGCAUGAAGGCAUGCAUUUAUUGCUUAGUUAAUGUGUCUCUUUAUUUUUGCUUAAUAUGAAUUUCCCCAUUUGGCUUUGUCCUUAUGAUAAUUACUUCUUUCCUUCGGAUUAAGGGAACAUGACAUGUUUUGAUGUGGGUAUUUGCUUGAAGUUCCUCGCAUUAGAGAAAAGAUACCCAUCAUUUGCAUGUCUGGAAAGGCAUACGUGUUUAACGCUUGAUAUACACCAGGCCAUUGUUUCGAUGACGUAUCGUAUGUGAUGUGGUGCAUUAGCCAUCGAUGAUAACAUAGUCAAUGCAUAGUUCACGAUCGCGUGUAUACUUGCACAAUUCUAGCUUGUGUGGGCGAUUUUGUAUUUUGUAUUAUGGAUUUAAUACUGUACUUGACAAUUCGUGCGACGAAGCGUCGCUUGGAACAUCGCACGUUCCAGCUACCGCGGAACUCUUCAUGCAGUGUUUUCACGUGGAGUAUCGCGGAUUUUCACACGGCGUAUGAAAGACCAUGACAAUGCUAUUACUACGGGCUUUGUUGAUGCACAGCCAUUGCUGUGUAUGUGCCUUUUUUGUUUUAUGUGACGCCACCCAUGUCUCUCAAUGUGUGUUCAAAGUGCUUGCUUAUAGGGGCCCUGAAAAAUCAUAGAAUGUCAUUACUACGAAAUUACGUCGCCUCGCAAAUCUCUUGCCGCAGAAAUUUUUCAAAUCCUUCAAGCGAAGUUAGACAUAGUUACCGGACCGAUGAGCAGUGUUCUCUCUCCUUUCAUAUCUGCAAGUGCUGGAAGCUACACAGGGAAGACAGCUAAGGGGUGCGAAAGGAGUAAUGCUCCGCUGGCCCAGCGCAAAGGUUGAAUGUCUUGGCAGUGAAACUGCUCAAGCCGGCAGCGGUAUCUACUCUACGCUUUUUAUCUCGGAGGCCAUAUGCAAUGCAGAGGUGUUUUUUUUCCCCAUCUUUUCUGCAAACAUGUAUAUUUUUGAUUUAUUUAACUCACGUGAGCAAUAAUUGUAUCAGCGAGUUUUCUCACAAUCAUGAAAUCGGCCAAUAGCUGUUGUGGGCUCCGCUGCUUGCGGUGACGCUGCGUAACGACAUUGCAAACAAUUUUUUCACUGCUUUUGACACGAAGAUUGUGCAACCCGCCGUGGUGGCGUAGUGGCUAUGGCGUGUCCAAGGGCGCGGGAUCGAAUGCCGGCUGCGGCCGGCGCACUUUGACGGGCGUGAAAUGCAAAAAUGCCCGUGUUCCGCGUAAUGGGUGCAAAUUAAAACAACCCCAGGUGGUCAAAGUUAAUCCGGAGUCCCUCACUACGGCGUGCCUCAUAUUGAAAUCAUGCUUUUGGCACGUAAAACCCCAGAAUUUAAUCAAUUCUUUUAUGGCACAACAUUGUAAUUUGCCAGCUUGCAAUAAUAUAGUGUUUGGCUUGUCACAUGUUCACAGGAGCUUCGUUAAUAUAUUGGCAACAUUUUUUUACGAUGUUAAAAAGGUGUUUCAGGGCCCCCUUAAGGGAAGUGAGCUUUGUCCAAGCGGUUUUUAAGUGUGCAGCCAAGCUGACACUUGCAGGUGACUGCUGCUGUUUAUUUUGACUGCGCAGAUUUUUCUGCAUUACAGGUAAAUAAGUUGUGCCGCUGCACAGUUCUGUGCAGCAGCAAAUGAUCUUGCAAGUGCAGCAGUGGGUAGACCUGUUGUAUUUCACAAAGGGGGUAAGCCCAACUGCUGCAUCAUAGUCUUCACACUGGUCCCUUUUUAUUUUGUGGGGUUAUUUACAAGGAGGGAAGAUAUUAACCAGUUAGUCACGGUAGUAUUGUCUCUACAGGUGACGCUAUGUUUUGUUAUUUUGCGCUUGUGUUGAAGGCUAUUAACAGUGAAAUGUUACAAAUGAAAUUGAAUUCAUCGUGGAAAUACCUUUAUAUCUGAAAUUUGUUGCAAGUAUAUUUGUUACAUGCUGAUAUUGAUUAGAAGUAUUUUGAUUUACUUUGUUAAAUUCAGUAAUUCAUUAUAUGUAAGUGUUCUUUACAUGGAGGUCUGAAUGUAAAAUUUUCUGUGAGCCUUUUGCUUGGCACCCUGGAGUUCACUUCGAAAUGGUGCCAGUGGUGCCGGCUGCAACGUUGGGACCCUCCGUUUCCUCUUGUGCGUAGUGCACAUUCAGAAUUUGUGAUACAGGCCUUUCGGCUUUUGGGUAUUUUCUCUUUUCUUUUUUUUUACCCUUGGCUAAGGCAUCCCUGGUGCUUACCAGGAUGGCCUUAGUGUAUGUACACUUUCAUGGCUGCCCUCACUGUAUAAUUCGACAGCCUAAAGUCAUUUCUUUGCACAGUUUUGAAUAUCUGAUUAUGAAAUAAAACUGUGGGACAUAGGU